UCAGACUAUCUCCAUUUAUCGUGCGUACUAUUUUGUUUCUUAAAUUCUUAACACUUGUUCGUUCUUUCAACGUUCGACCAGUAUGAGGUAUUUUUCAUUCUUAAGAGAAAACUGGAUGCAAUAGAUCAAUCUUCGACGCGAAUGACGAACCAGCUUGAUUUGCUAUGAAUUGUACGAUAGAUAUGGUUGAUUGUUUUCGUUAUAUGAUUUAUAGUGACGAGGGCUAGGCGAAAGCGACGCCAAGUAAGGGUUGCGAACCUAUUUUCAUGUUUAUUCUUGGCUGCGGUGCGCUGCUAGCCGCGAAUAGUUCGCUUGGGAGCGGGAUUUCUAUCUGAGACGAGGACAGAGAGACACCACGUGCUCGUCUACUUUCUCGCGUGCAUUUUGAAUACCGUGCCCACGCUCUCUCGUUGACCCAUUCUCAGCUGAUUGUCAGCUGAUCACCACCUGAGCGAUCGGUCUUUGUUAAUUUAUCAAAUCGUCGCAGGCAAGUGCUUGUUUGCAUAGAAUGGCAUAGAUCGUCGUGAAUCGUGAUGCUUCAGACGCGAUCCGAUAUUCAUCUUUGUCCGCGGCCUGAAACCCUGAAACUUAUAGAUGCUCUUCCAUCCAAUUUUAAGCUAUCUCUUAUCAGGGGAUUCGCCUGUUUGUUCCGAUUCCACGGGAUUCCUAGAAACUCGUAGAACGAUGUUUAUCGUUUAGCAGAGUUUAGUUAUUUACGAACUAUUCGGUAUUAUGAGAGUCGCAUUGUAUUUUUUGAGAAACGAAAUCGAAAUCUGAUAAACUAAAACAGAUAUGGGAUAUCUCGUGUAUAAAAAAUAAAAGAACAAUAUUGAUAUCGAUAAGAUAUUGAAAUUAAGUUGAUCGAAAUUGUAGUAGAUUUUAUAACGAAGAAUCGGCUAGAAUGUGUGUGACCUAAUAUCUCUUAUCGGAAUUUUGUAUGUAGAUGAAGUGGAAAUAGUUUCAACUGACUAGCGUUCAUUUAAACGAGUAUUGACGGAAUAAGCUAAUAGUCUUUAACAUUAAGUUACUUCUAGAAAGUUUUAAAGAUUCAGUCCAGGUUCUAUAUUAAACCAGCGUUUGGGAAUUUACGACAAAUUAUGUUCUUGUACGUUUCUGUCUUAGAAAAAUCACGAUAUUUCUUCAUGAUUUUAAAGUCAAUUCGUCUUGACUGCGUGAUUCGCCUGACUAAUGACGUUUUCUCCUCUUUUCACCCUCACGUGCAGUCUUGAUUUUGCAACAAUAUAAUAAUAGUCGUGUCUGCCAACUUCGCCAUGGAUUUUUAGACCUUGUAUUAUAGUAAGCGCGAAGAUACUGCGUCCUCGAAUGGUCGCGUCACUUUCGAAACACCCUCUGCAAAAUUCCGGGGCAGCUUGCCAUUUUCUCGACCUCUUCCGUUUCUCUUGUCUUUCUAUUCACGAAAAGAAUAAUUGCGAAAAGAAACACACGACGAUUGCCAUUAUGCAAGCUUCUUCUCGAAAGAAAUAUAAACAGAAAAGAAAAUGUUGUACUUUCCAUUCUUUAUUUAUUUUUUUACGAAAUGGGUACCAUUUUGCGAUGUCUCUACUUGUGCUGUCUACGCAUUUACGAAAAUAAUAAUCGUGAAAAAAGACUUUGGGCGAUUGUCAUUAUGUAAGGUUCUCUUUUGACAAAAUUGAAGCAGGAGAGAAAAUUUUCUACUCAUUUUUUUUUUAGACUGCUGUAGUUUCUAUCUAUUUAUUACCUAUUAAAUAUCAUGAAAAUAAACUCCUAACAUUCUUCCUAAAGAGUAGAAAAAUAGAUUAACAAAUUUUAUGUCGUCCGUUCCCUAUUUAUUUUCUUGCGAAUAAAACUCUCGUUUGUUGUAUGCUGUCGCUGUUUUUCAAUGAUCAUAAUUCGUAGAAUCGGUGUUUUAAUAUGUAUGUUGAAAAUAGAGUGAAUAGACUACCGUCUCACGAUCGCUGGUACUGCAAUCCGCCGAAAGGUUAGACAAAAAGUCAUCUCACCGUAACAGUUAUUGGCAGACACACAGGAGAAACAAAAACCGGUAAAUUACAUCCUUCUGUUGAGGAGGCCUGUACCUUUUUCUCCUGCUCCGUCUUCUGAAGCCGUAUAGUGGCGAGUUUCUUGUUCGAUACAUCACGGAAAUUGAUCUUUCUCGAGAACUCAUUGAUUAUCAUCGUCCAUUUGCAUUUUCUUGAGUUAUUAGCGAUUAUUUAAAUUACUUGAGAUCAUUUCGUCAUUCGUUACUUUCUUUUUCUUCUUUCAUUUUCUGUAUUUCAUUCAGAGUACGUUCACCUUACAGUUCAUUGAUGGCUGGUACGAUGUAGUAAAUCAUUCAUCGUGAAUUAACUACUCGAUCAAUUAAGUAAUUUCAUCUUUGUACUGGCUGGUUCAAUGGUGCGCGAAUAUUCCCUUAUAUAUUUUCUGCUGCUCAAUUAAAAAUACUUUGUUUCCUGCUUAAUUUAGUAUUUAUAUACCUUGAUUUCCAGGAAUUUCGAUGAAAUCAAAAUUUGAAAUUUAAAUUUAUUUUUUCAAGACAACUGGUUUAAUCGUCGUAUGUUUCCUUGUUUUCUUCAAAGUCAACUGACGAUCGUGUAUAACUAUUGGCAUCGUGUUAACGUCGAUUAACGCUUUGCUCGAAAUUCCGCGCCAUUCCUCCGCUUUUCCUUCUAUUUUUCCGAUACGUCGAAAAACAACGCAGUAUUCUUUUUUCCUAGGCGACCGAGCUCGUUAAGUAACGCGAUCGAAUAUGCAUGAUGUAAUCGCAAGCAGCGCUUUUCCCGAUUGCCGAUACUUCGAUUUGUUAGCGCGAAACGAUGUUGAAUUAUGCAAUUCCUGUGCGAUUUACCUUACCGGUAGAUUCUUGACCGAUAAGUAAAAGAAGAAAAGAAAAGAAAAAUACAGCAUAAUCACAAUAUAUUGGUUAUAAUUUCGACUACUGGAAUGUAAAUUAGUUCGUUUAAUCAUCGACAUUUCCUGUAAUAUUAGGUUGAUGCAUGUGUUGCAUCGUUUUUCCAAUAAAACCGCGUGUUAUAUCAUCGAAACAAUUUCCAUAUUAUUUUGGUUCUUCGCAUAGAGAUCUUUUCCAAAAUAAUUUAUGCGUUCAAAAAUUCCAUUAGAUGUUUCUAAUAAAAAUGAGAUUUUUCUCGUAAAGAAUUUUUGUAAAUCCUAAAAAUUACUGAACUUUCGGAAGCAGGUAACGCAGAAAAUAUUAGUAACUGAACUGAAUAUUUCUAGGCAAUCUGUAGUUAUUAUUCGAACAGUGUUUCGUAUUAAGUCACGAUAAUCAUAAGCAGCGAUAAUUGCUAAGGUUGACACAAGGCGAGAUACUUCUGUACCAUGAUGACAUGAGCAAUACCAAGAAGCAUAUCACUUUCUUCUUUUUUUUCUGUAUUUCUAAAAUAAAUUCGAUUAACGCGCAAUUAUAUGAAUAUAUAUAUGUACGUAACCGGAAUUUACAUUGUUAAUUAACAAAUAAUUUAAACAAGUUAUUAUGGUGAUUUGUCGAUUUCCAAUUACAUUCGAAGGUGAGAUAAACUGUAUUAAUUACACAUUUGUUUCUCUCUUCUUCACGACCUGCUAAUUCGUUUAUCUGUAAUAAAUCAAUCUUUUAUCGCGUCAAACAUUCCGACGCGAGCUGCAAAUUCUGCGAAAUAGCGUCAGAAUUUCUGUAAUGAAACAGCGCAUGAUCGAUCAUUUCAGUAUAAAUAUCAUAACUUUGUUAUUCCUAAUUUUUAAUUCUUUAACUUUAUUCCUUCGUUUGGAAUAAUGUAUUCGUUCGUUAUUUAUUUAUUUUUCUAUCUAAUUUCGUAAUAUUACAUCUGCAUACAGUUUUACCGCCACCACGCCGGGAAACUAUUCAGCCUAACUAUAAAGAUAAGUAAAUCUAUGUACAGGUUUAUUAACCUGACAAUGAUAUUAAAGAAGCUUAAAUCUGCUAGCCAGUAAUCAUGGCUUUUCCGCGAAAUAUCGACAAUAAAAAUUUACAAUUUCGUAGAAAUAGAUAAAACGGAAAUGAAUGGGCAAUGCGGCAAUUCGGUUUCUGAGCUGAGAAAACUUGAAACAAUAUAACAAGUAAAAAUAAAUCAGCAUGAAAAUACUACUUUGAUUAGUUGAUGGUUGAACGCUUUUAGUGCAUAAAAUUUUAGUGCAUUCGGGAAGAUCGAAGUCAAGGUCUUCUUAACACCUGAUUGGUCCCAACAGAUUUUCAAGAUGCAUUUGAACGACGAAUUUAUGCGAACAAAAAUUUACGAGUCUAAUUAUUGCCGUGAUUAGUUCGACGUUUCUAUCAGAGAAUGUCCUUGAUGAGAUAUACGUACAAAGUCGAUAACAGUUCUCGAUGAGAAAUCGUCAUAUCGAGGUUCUCGGACGAUAAAGCGAAGGUCUAGCUAUUUAAUAUAGAUAGAAACUGGUCCUAAAAAAUCUACGAAGGAACCAGUAACUUCUACCAUGGUAUUUCUGUGCUUAUUGUUAUUUCGUUCUCGACCAAUUCGUUAGACGCAAUUCAGUGUGUCGUAUUAGGCAAUGUUUGAUAUUUUUUCAUGCAUUGUAACUUUGAGCUGAAUAGAAAAUUAUUGAAACAAUUUUUGUUCUAUUCUAGCAACCUAAUUCGCAAGCGAUAUAGCUAAUUUGUUGUUACGUAUAUCAGUUCGUGUACAUGCUAUAUACAUAAAUUUGUAUAUAACGACCUCGCAUAUAUAACUGGAAUGCAAAUAUUGACAGUCGACUAUAAUGAUGCGCAGGUGAUAUGUGACAGUUUCUAAUGAACUUAUGGCUGCAAAUUAUAGGAUAUGUAUUUUCCUAUUUCACCUUUUUUCCAUCUGAUGCCGUUCGACAUUCCUUGUAUGUGUAAUUAUGUAAUUUGUAAUUAGGAAUUUAUGGAACAUUUACAAUGGUCAGCAUCGUACCACAAUUUUGAGUUCAUCAAAGGUGGAGUUCAGUUAAGAAUCUUCUUUUAAAAAUUAAUAAAUAAAAAAGUCUGUAUUUACCUAGGAGAUUUUGUUACGCUUUUAUGAUUUGAAUUAUGAAUUUAUAAAGUGAAUAUAUGACUGUGUAUAGUACGGCAUUUUUAAUGUUUGAAAGCAUACAGAUUGUAUUUUUAUUCAUAGUUUUCACAAAUUAACUCAGUGUCUUAUGGUUUGUUUUCUCUCUGUUUUCUCUCUGUUUUAUAUGAUUUAUUUAUUACACUCGUUAAAUUUAAUUACAUAUUAGCUUUCAAAAUACUGUGAAUAAUACGAUCACCGAAGAUCAUCGAGACACUACUUACUUACUACGUAACUUGAUUUCCAAUUUUACCAAUUGAGACGAAACUUUAGAUUAAAAUAAGGAUUCUUGAACCACUUCUUCCGAGUCCCUUAAAUGAUAUACUCAUUUCCCCCUCCACUGUUAAAAAUUCCAGUAACAUUCCAAAAUGCAAAGAGUGCAAUUAGUCACGAACCGUCUCUUCUUCUCGUACAAUUAUGAAACAUUCAAAUAGAAAUUUAGCUCAAUAUCGUAAAACAGGAAGUUCGAAAUUUUACCACUUGUGCCACUUUUCUUUUUUAUUCCAAAAGAUUUCGAAAGCUCGUUUCGAAAUACCAAUGUGCGAUUGCAAUUUUUCGCGAAUCGUCAGUUUUCUCUAUAAAGGACUGGUUUUUCAGGAAGCGGAGCGAAACGAUAGCUAGCGGACGUCGCACAACACCACGGCGUUGUCUUCUCGUAGCACGCGAUCAUUUGGCUCCUUUUUCUUUCUUCGUCGUCCGCUUAUUCCUAUCGUGGCAUGUCUCGACAAAAGAAAUCGCGUAUCGUUGAAACAAGUAUCGUCAAAUUAGGCGAAUAUCGCUCGAAUCUGUAGGAUGGCGCCGAAUAUUUGACGCUGGAAUUGCAUAAGUUUUACGCAGCGCGCAGAAUGUACGCGGAAACGCAGGGUCGAUUAUCGAUUUUUCUGCGGCCGGAUCAGCCGGUUUGCCUUGCAACCUGUCUACACACCGUAUACGAGUCACGUGCAUUUUAUUCGCGCUGCUAGGCGCGCAUCUGUGAAAUUACUCGCUUUACGACCCCGUCGCAUGUGCUUCGCGAUCCUUGCCUCAACGUUUGUCCUGUUAACUGCGUCGGAUGUCUCAAGCAAAAUUGGUAAUUGAUUUUUAAGCGGCUGAUAACAGGCUUUGUGUAACGUGUCAUUGAUUGGACGGGAUUGAUAGGAAUGAACGAUAAGCUGUCACCGUUUUUGGAACGAGAGCCUUUCCUUCGCCGAACAGAUUGCAGUAAUUGGAACGAUGUUUGUUUGGAGCUCAAAGGAGAUUUUUAUGCAGAAGAGAUUGCGAUCUAGAUUAUAGUUGUUAGAUUGUGGAUUUCUGCGCAUUUAUGGAAAAUUUGAAAGUGCAAAAUUGCACAGACCGCACAUAUUAUGAAGAUAUAUAUAUAUAUAUAUAUAUAUAUAUAUAUAUGAAAUAUUUAAAGUAUAUUGCUUCGUAUAAUGCUCGAUAGAUAAAGCAAUUUUUUAAUUGUAUUUUCAAAAAUAUUAAUUUGCAUUAAAAUGAAUCUUCCAAAUCUAAUAAUUAUUGUCCGAAUAUUAAGUACAUAGAGUGUUUACUGUGGUUUGUGUAAGGUAUAAGUCUUGCUUUGGAAUAAAGAUAACGAUGUUUAAAAAUUUAUCUGAUUCAGGGAUAGAGGAUUAGUAUAACGAAGGGAAGGUCUUCGUUUGAAAAGAAAAUAUUUGAAUAGAUAUUGUAUAGUACAAUGGUUUGUGGGAUUGAAAUAUUUUUUCAUAAAGAUAGAUACUUUGUAGUAUGUGGUUACGUUAUCGUAGAUAGAGCUAGUUUUAUCGAUGCAAAAAUAGACAUACGUCAUCCUUUUCUUUAACCUAGAAAUAGCGUGUAGAAUGAAAUAGGCAGUAAGUGGAUCAAAUAUGCAUAGAGUAUUCUUUUAUAAAAUACACAACGUUACGUUACCAUGUAAAUUUCCAAUUAUGAUUUCUAAAGGAUUAAAGUUGACGCUUCGAGUGAAAUAUUUCUAGAGGCAAAGUUUACAAGGAAAAAGUAGAGGUUAAAGAAAUAGUAAAAUUGUAUUCUUCGCGUUCAGAAACCACACUGAUACAAUUCUCGAGGAUAUCAAUCGAUAUUCCGUGACGCAGGGAUAUUAUAAAAAUAUUCUGUAAGUUGUGACUUCAACUGAAAGGGAACUGCAAGAAAUUUUAUGUAAAGCGGUGUUUUCUAGUAAUUUAAAUGUUCCCGCCUCCCGACGUCAGCCAGUCUAGCCAAUAGGUAACUACACGUGACACAAAUAACAAAGUUGGAAAGGUAGUACAACGUAUAACAUUGAUUCGUGAAGGUUGCCGUGUGAUCCAUAGAUCAUAAAGUUGCACACGUGCACGAUCGAUAGUUAAAAAACUUGUCUCGUCAAGUUCGAGCGCUUUAGUGAAGAUCUUUCCUGUGAAUCAGUAAGUACAUCAAUCGCAAACACUCGACGAAUUCAUGAUAUAAGUUAAUACUGAUGUAACAAAACGUGGUAAGUGGUAAACGUGGAGGUAAGAAGUAGAUUAGAUGAAAAGUUUGGGAAGCGGUAAAUUUAAAUUCUGCGCAGCUAGAGAAGAAGAAGAGGAUAGGACAAUUUGUAAAAGAAUUCAUCGAAUUAAAUUCGAUUUACGAAGAAUACAAAAGGAUAUUAUAAAAACUCAAUCCUGUCUAAAACAACUUUAAGUUGCUCGUCAUAACGAGGUUUUAAGAUUAAGAAAGAAAUCUAAAAAAAGAACCGAUAACCUAGCUCGAUGAUAUUUUCACGGUUUAUCGUUUGAUUUACGUAUGUGGCUUUGUAUACAUUUUUCAAAUCAACGACACAGUAGGAUUGCUAAUAAAAAAGAUAAAUAAAGGAAGGCUUGAUUCAAUUGGUCCAUCGUGAUUGAUAAGUCGCUCAACGGAAAAAAAUAAUGUCGAACAUGCACAGAAGCCUUCUGAGUGUUUCGUGGGAUGCGUUAAAAUUGUUGAGAACUUCGAUGAAAUCUGGUUGGAUGUGGACAAGGUUAGCCUCCGGUCAAUGUGACGUACCCAUGGUGGUCCCUAAAGAGGAGGUGAUUAGAUUCGUAUCUGAGUGCAUGUGUAAGGCUGGAACAUCGCUCGAGGAUGGUUGUAUCGUUGGCCAUCAUUUGAUGACCGCCGAUUACCGUGGCCAUUUUAGCCAUGGAAUGAACAGAAUGCAAAUGUACGUGCAGGAUAUUAAGGACGGAAUGACCAAUCCUACUGCGAAGCCAGAGAUCCUUACGGAUUUUCAGGCGAUAGCGUUGGUCAACGGGAACAACGGUUUGGGCCAGGUGAUCGGUAAAUUUUGCAUGGAACUGGUCAUAAAGAAGGCGAAGAAGUUCGGUAUCGGGAUGGUGUCGACUUGUGGCUCGAAUCAUUACGGCAUCUGUGGUUACUACACGAAAAUGGCAAUCGACCAAGGUCUCGUGGGCUUCUCCUGCACCAAUACGAGUCCUCUGAUGGCGCCAACCCGUAGCAAGUGUGCGGGUUUAGGUACGAAUCCGAUAUCUUUGGGAAUGGGAGCGUCGAACAAUGAUGAGUUCGUGUUGGAUAUGGCCACGACAGCCGUUGCUCUGGGCAAAAUCGAGCUAGCUAUCAGGAAGAACGAAUCCAUUCCCCAAGGCUGGGCGCUUGGGUCCGAUGGGAAAGUUACCACAAACGCCGAAGAAGCGUACAAAACUUCUCUUUUACUGCCUGUUGGUGGAGAGGAACACACUAGCGGCUACAAAGGCUAUGGACUAGCUUUGAUGGUCGAGAUACUUUGCGGAAUUCUGUCUGGAAGCGAGUUUGGUCCUAACAUCAGACAGUGGAAGACCAAAGAAAAAAUUGCUAAUCUUGGGCAGUGUUUCAUGGCCAUAAAUCCGGAAGCUUUUGGUUGUGGAUCGAAGGAGAGAUUAGGUCAGUUGUUGAAACAGUUGAGAAAUUUGGCUCCCGCCGAAGACAAACCUGUUUUGAUACCUGGAGACCUGGAGAGGGCAGCUAUGGAACGCGUGGAUAAAGAGGGUGGUAUUACGUAUCAUCCCAAUCAAAUACAGGCGUGUAAAGAAUUCGCGAAAGUUAUGGGAGUCGAGCCUCUGAAGCUUAUUCCCAAGAAUGGUUAAUCAGGAAAUUAGUUUUGUCUAUUUUCUGUUUGGUAUUUAGGUACCUGAAGGUUCUUAGGAAAUUACGUAUUGAGGUUAAACUUUUCUUAUGUAUCUAUAUCUAUUAAUUUUUAGAUCAUUAUUUCGUAUCGUUGUUGCUAUGUGUAUAUUGAUAUUAGCAAUAGAUCUGAUAAUUACAUUGCGAAUGCGAUCUAUAGUACAUAUCAUACAAUACAUUUAUAUGUUUACUACACAUUAUUAUAUUGUGUAUACUCUACGUUUGAAGAAAAGUAUCCAACCAACAAAAUACUCUUCAAUGAUGCUUUUCCACAUAGGAUCUAUAAAUGUUUUAACAGCAAUCUACUUAAAUUUUUCUAACAUACACAUGUAAUAUACAAAGCUCAAGGAAAUGCAAUUCCUCAUAUUUUAUACGAUAUUGUAAACACAGCUUUUAUACUUAUAAAAGAAACUACACGAAUAUACACGAUCAUCGAUGUUUUUAGUUGACCACUGUUUAUCUACGCUAUAUCUUCGCAACGUAAUUAUUCAUCACCCUAAUAUCGGUGCAACGGGUCGAAGCACCGGCUAAUAACACGCUUUUUUCGUACAAUGUUUACACGAGAUGAGCUUGCGUGUCCGUUUCGUCGAUUUGAUGGAAACGAUGCCCGCGAUGACAUAACCAUCGUUGCGGUCUGAUCGUUGGUCGAUGAUGAUAAUGACGGCCUUGGACUUGCUCGCGGGAUCUUGAUUGUACUCAUUACUGAUCGAAACGCGCGAUUAUCGACAUCGAUUCACCGGUGCACGACAAAUGAGGCAUUUGCAUAAUCAGGACAGAAAAGAUAGAAACGAUCGAUCGAUGUUCAGAGAUUCGCAAGAUUAUUUGCAUCGUCGAGAUCUGAUAAUGAUGGCGCGAAGAGUAAGAAAUCUGAGAAUCACGUGCAUUUGCGUGGUCGUAGAAGCGCGAUCAUAGAAAUUCGAUCUUCUAUCGCAGUUUUAGCGAGCAUUCGUUAUUGCACAGUUGUAAAGUCUCGUGACUAGUGACACUUGGCUGUGUAAUUAUUUCGCAAGGACAGACCUGAUACCAAGAUUAACUUUGUUAUUUUUUAUCAUAGAUAAUUAAGUUUGAUGUAUCUAAUCGAUGUAGCUGACACGGAUACUCAAGGCGUUGACGAUUAACGCUUCGCUCAGAUUAGCGCAGCUACCUGAUUCGAGCAACUUGAGUUGAACAUAAAAUGUACCUACCAAUGAUGAUAGUUUUUCAAGUUUAUACGCUUAUCGUUGUCGAUUGAUUCACUUCACUUUGAGUACAUACUCUGAGCACACUUUAUUAAUAAGAACUUGCUGUUUUACUUCAUUUGGAAUAUGCCUUUUCAAGCUCCAAACGAAGUUGAGGUCCUCUCAACAAUGUAGGCAAUGUCAUGUAAAUUUUCUAAUUUAAGUCAAUUUUAUUUGUAACUAUGUUUACGAUUAUGAUUUACAUUUCACUUCUUUCCCUCUUAUUGUCACUUGACCAAUCUGAAUAAAGUUUCUAUGUAAUA